UUUAAAAAAAAAUAAACCUUCCUUUUUCCUUCUUUUAUCUUCUUCAUCUUCCUUUCCUUUCUCAUCUUUAACCUUCAACUGAAAAACAGAUAUUAUAUAUGGAGAGAAAGGAAAACAAAAACUGAAAAGAAACAAACAAGACAGGAAAAAGAUUUAAUCUUUUUUCUUUGUUUGAUAAUAUUUAACCGUAUAUUCGCAUAAGCAGUGGUUGAUCUUUAAUGGAUCUAUAGAUCUAACGAUUUCAGAACCCACAUGAAUAUUGGCUACGUUUUAUUGUCAUUUUCACAGUGAAGGGUUCAGUAAUUUGACGGGAAAAUAUAGCAUAUAAGGCCUAAUCACAACUUUUGACCCUGCUUUUUGCCCCAAGUUGUUUUCAAAUCUCGGGAGAUUUUAUUCUUGCUUGUUGAAAUUGGGAUUAUGGACUUUGUUUAAGCAUACUGUUGUGUUCAAAUCUUGGUUUUGUUGAUAAAGAUAUGAUCUUGGUGAAGUUAUUAUCUACCUGAAUCUCUUGUUGUAUUGUUGUUUCCAAUUUGUAGAACAAAAGGAGUAGUGGUGAAAGUUUUUAGUUUUGGAGAGCUCUUGCAUCCGUUUGGAUGUUGAGGAAUUGACGGUAAGCAAAGGUGAAAUGAGGGAUGUUAUCAAGGUUGAUAAAUUUCCUGAGGGCAUGUUGCCGGUCAUCGGCGGACCGUUAUGUACAUACUGGUGCAGAUUCAGCUGGACGACAAGAUGGACUUUUUUGGUAUAAAGACAGUGGACAACACUUACUUGGUGAGUUCUCUAUGGCAGUUGUUCAGGCCAACAAUUUACUGGAGGAUCAAAGCCAGAUUGAGUCGGGUUCUCUUAGCUUGCUUGAUUCUGGCCCCUAUGGAACGUUUGUCGGGGUAUAUGAUGGUCAUGGUGGGCCUGAAACAUCGCGGUAUAUCAAUGAUCAUCUCUUUCAGCAUCUCAAGAGGUUUGCAGCUGAACAGAAUUCCAUGUCUGUUGAAGUAAUACGAAAAGCGUUUCAAGCAACAGAGGAGGGAUUCCUUUCUCUAGUUGCUCAGCUGUGGCUAACAAAACCGCAGAUGGCUUCUGUUGGAGCAUGCUGUCUGGUUGGGGUGAUCUGUGAUGGUACUCUUUAUGUUGCCAACCUUGGUGAUUCCCGGGCUGUUUUGGGGAGACUUGUCAGGGCUACAGGAGAGGUUCUAGCCAUUCAGCUUUCAGCUGAGCAUAAUGCAAGUAUUGAGUCUGUCAGACAGGAAUUGCAUUCUAUGCAUCCGGAUGACCCACAGAUAGUCGUUUUGAAGCAUAAUGUAUGGCGUGUAAAGGGUCUGAUACAGAUUUCGAGAUCUAUUGGCGAUUUAUAUCUCAAAAAAGCUGAGUACAAUAAAGAGCCAUUGUAUGGAAAAUUUCGUUUGCGAGAACCUUUUACAAGGCCCAUAUUGAGCGCAGAUCCAGCGAUUUCAGUGCAUGAACUCCAGCCACAUGAUCAAUUUCUCAUCCUUGCUUCUGAUGGUCUUUGGGAACAUCUUAGCAAUCAAGAGGCAGUUGAUAUCGUCCAAAAUAGCUCUUGCAAAGGAAGUGCUCGGCGGCUUGUAAAAGCUGCACUGCAAGAAGCUGCAAAGAAAAGGGAGAUGAGGUAUUCUGAUCUGAAGAAGAUUGAUCGUGGUGUGAGGAGACAUUUUCAUGAUGAUAUCUCGGUCAUAGUCGUGUUUCUUGAUUCAAAUCUUGUGAGUAGAGCCAGCUCACUUAGAGGGCCCUCUUUAUCUCUGAGAGGAGGUGGUGUGAAUUUCCCAGCAAAAAGUCUGGCUCCCACUCCCACAUAACUUGGUACUGCUUGACCAUUUCACUCUGUUGUAUACUUUGCUGUAUCCUUCUGAAACUUUUUAUGACAAGAUCUUGUAGUAGCUUAAAGAGAAAUAACAGAAAGUGCAGCACUAAUUUAUUCUUUUGUUGUGCAAUGUAAUGUUUUUGAUGUUCAAUGUAACGUUUAACUUGGAA